GAAAUCGCGCGAUAUCAGCCCUCACGAGAUCUCGGCCCGUUCUUUUCCCCGGAACAUCAGGCAAGAUGGUAGGUCGAAGAUUGACUACAGCGCUAGUCAAAUUACAAUCCUUAGACAUCCGAGUUCUACUGUCACUGUUUUUAUAAGCUGUUCACAUAAUCGGACUGUCACACACAUUUACUAUACGUUUAAAGAGAAAUCGUUGCUUGGAAUUUCGUAUAAACCUUUGUACCAGACUCCAAAUUGGUCUAAGCUAUGUCCGCUUGUGGUUUAGCUAACCCGGUGGAAGAACGAAGUCAGUGCGAGUGGGUUAAUAAACUGAUGUGUGAAUGUGUUGGUUGCUCCAAGCCAAGGGUUAUGUGCUUCAGAUAUUGCAGUCCACUCAUGACAAUGUAUUCGUGGGUUAAACAGUAGUGGUGAUCCUUGGGAAUCCUGUAGCCUUUAGGCUAACAUACUAAGCUAGGAUGAUGCUUUUCUGUUUCAGGCGGAUACCGAGAUCAAGAAGAAGCGUACCUUCAGGAAGUUCACCUACAGAGGUGUGGACCUGGACCAGCUCCUGGACAUGUCCUAGUAAGUGUAGAACCUCUUACCUGAUGAUGUGCUAAGUGGAGAUCAGAGGUCAGAUAGAGGCACUGCAGUAUGUCAAGCCAGGUGGAAAUGAAUGUAACUUAUCUCCUUGCACAGGAAACACAAAAUUGUGUUCGAUAGAGUACUACACAGCCUCAGUUUUGGCGUCUUCUAUCUUUGUUGAUGUGGUUUGACAGGUGAUUGUUGUUUGACUGUUGAAAUACUGUAAGAUGUGACCAAUGUUUUAUGCCCCCAUGUGAGGUAAUGAAGUGGACAAAAUACAGUAUAGUGAUUGGUUGAAGUUUAUUUCGAAUAUGCAAACCAAAAUAUAAAAAAUAAAAUGACAGUAAAGCAAAACAUGUAAACGUAAAACAUAGAAAUACAUAUUUGAAUAGGAGUGAGAAGAGAAUAACUUAUGAACGCCCACCCCUUCCCUCCAAACAAGUACCCACACCAAGCUGCCUUGCAACUUGUUUAGAUGUACCAGAUUUUUUUAGAUAAAGUACGUCCAUGACUUUGUAUUAUAAAACAAAAUCUACAUCCACCACUACACACAUAAAAACAACAAAACAAAAUAAAACCAGAAAGAAACAAAACUAAGAUUGAACAAAACAAAAGAAACAAUAACCUCAUAACACUUAGUGCUACCCAACACCUUCCUCAUCCUUGUACCUCUUAAAUGGUUUCUUUAUACCUCAUUUUAAACUGUCAUGUUUAAACAUUGCUUUAAUUUCAUGGAAAACCUCUUCCAUAGUCUCACCCCACUCACUGAAACACAAAAAUCCUUCCUCUUUGUCUGAAUUUAAGUUAAUUUUCCCCCUUAAAUAAUAACUUUCCUCGCGCAUACUCAAUGAUUUCUGUAUAUUUAUUGGUAGAUUAUUAUUUUUAGCUUUAAACAUUAUUUGAGUGGUUUGAUAUUCCACAAUGUCUAAUUUUAACAGUGCACCACCUCCACCCUUUGUCUUCAAAAAUAAGUACAAAGGACCAUUACUACCUGUUUGAUCAUGGAAACAUAGAUUGAAAAUGUAUAAAAGUUCAGUAAAAGUAGAAUUCAUGGUGCAACUAUUUUUGAUUGUUGCACAGGGUCAAAAAAUGUCUUAUCACCAGGUUUUAAAUAUUACUGGGUUUGCAUUGUUCGAAAUUAAUGUAUUAUUAUUAUCUUAAGGCUAAUGGUGGAUUUAAUUGAUAUCGUCCUCCUCUUUCCUGUGUAGUGAGCAGCUCAUGCAGCUGUACUGCGCCCGCCAGAGGAGGAGGCUGAACCGUGGCCUGCGCCGCAAGCAGCAGUCCCUCCUUAAACGCCUGCGCAAGGCAAAGAAAGAAGCUCCCCCCAUGGAGAAACCCGAGGUGGUGAAGACUCACCUGAGGGACAUGGUCAUCCUGCCUGAGAUGGUCGGGUCCAUGGUUGGAGUGUACAACGGCAAGACUUUCAACCAGGUUGAAAUCAAGGUGAGGGGUUGUUGGUCAGCUUGGUGGGAAGGCUUAAGAGAAUGUUGUGCAACGUGCUUUGUCUCUAAGGCUGGUUGCAACGAUUAAUGCAUCUACCUAAAACCUUAUCCUUAUAGGAAUUGCUGCUUACUUGGGAACGCUGCACAUAACACUAAUUGAUAACAUAAAUUAAAUUGAUGUCUGGGCAGUUGGGAGUUUAUCCUUUACCUUGUUGUGUGAGAAGACUUAUGUAUUUUUCAACACUGAUGGAGAACAAAGAUGAUCUUUGAAAAAGGUUUAUCUUUGGAAGUGGCAUCUUUCAGUGUAGUGUGGACUCUGUUGGAGAGGUUUUACUUGACAUUUUUGGCAUUGCCCCAGUACCCUUGAACAAUGCAAGUCCCUUAGCGGUUAAAUCUUUCAGAGCAGUAAGACAAAUAGGAAUGUUGGUGUGAAACACAGCUCCUUUCUGACACUAGAUUUUUCAAACCGAUACAUAGGUUGAGUUCCUUUAAAUGCAGAAUUUAAAGAAAUAGCUUUGAUUGAAUAAAUUCCAAACUCCUUUUAUAUGCCAACUCCUCUUGCAUUUUUUUGUGCGUGGGAAUGAUAAAUAUUUUCAGUUAAAUGCAAAUAAAGGAAGUUCUAGACCUGCAUAAACAGGGAUAAACAGCCUGCCUUUCCUCUGUCAGAUCUAGUGUUUUGAUUUACAGCUAUUAGUAUAGCUGGAGUAUUGGUCUUGUCACUAACUCAUUUCUCUUCUCCACAGCCUGAGAUGUGCGGACACUACUUGGGUGAGUUCUCCAUCACCUACAAGCCAGUCAAGCACGGUCGCCCCGGUAUUGGAGCCACACAUUCUUCUCGUUUCAUCCCUCUGAAGUAGAAUGGCUGUAUUCUUUGUAUAAAUAAAAAAAAGGGUUGCUCCAAAAAUACUUGUCUGCUUUGUUUUUUAUCUUUUGUUCAAAAGAAGUUGAGAGGCAUGGGUACUAACUUAAAAGGUUAAAGUCAGAUUUAAAAUGGAUUUUUGAGGUGUUUUGGUUAUCAAAUAUUGAUGACUGACUUUUAUAUGGAGAAUAGACUGUUAAAAUAUAGUACAACAAGGUUAUUUUAACUAGAAAAAGAUGUGAUUCUGCUAAAUAUCUGUUUCAUGUAAACUUAACAUCUUUCACUGCCAAGAGGUUUGUUAUUUGAAACAAAUUCCAUUUAAUGUUUUACUCCUUCAAUUUUUGGUGGUCAGCUGAAUGAAGUUAAGGCCUCUUUUUUUUUUGGUUUUUGGUGGACCCAAGUUUUCAUCUGUUGAGAAGAUAAUGCUGGUCAGGUUGACACACUCUCCAAUUGAUGGAGUUAGUGUGUUUUUAUUGUUGCAUCACCUGUGCAAUAUAUAAGUAGGACUGGGCAAUAAGUGAUGACGUAUAUCAAAAAUAAAUUUCCCUCCAUAUCAAUAUGAAACUAGGCCAAUAUGCCUUGUUAGGGCUGGGCGAUAUGAAAAAGUUUAUCACGAUAUAUAUUUUUUUCAUAUCAGUCGAUAUCAAUAUAUGUCACAAUAUUAAAAAAAUGAAAUUUAACGGCAUGUCUAUUGGUAGACAUGCUACCAAUUAGAAAUGUUAAAUUUCAUGUAAGAGUGAUUUUUUUUAUAUUGUGAGAUAUUGAUGUCAACUGAUGUGAAAAAUUUUCUUUCCAAUAUUGCCCAGCCCUAUAUUUAAGUAUUCCAAAUAGCUAUAUCACUGUUUCUGAAACUUAAUAUUUCCAUGUGAACCUGUUGGGGACACACUGAGGCUGUCACUGUAUGUGCAUAAUGAAUGGGUCACUUAAUUGGCCCAUUACUGCUGCAGAAUUUUAGAUAUCUGUGAAAAGUUUUCGAGACUUUUCUUUUGCACUUGUUACAGACCAUGUCCUGAGUUUGUUUUACUGUGUGAGAAUGUGUUAUUUUUUCUAAGAAUCCAAAUAACAAUGGUUAAGUUAUAUGAUAAAUGUAUUGAUUUUAAUGGCAUUUUUUACUGAACUCUUAUAAUUUUAGUCAUUGCAUCAGUAAACCUUAUUGUAAACUG